AUGGCGGAACGACCAGAUAUGCAGGAGGUAUGUAAAACACUGUUGAUGUUGUAAAACACUGUAUAGUGUAUAGAAACAUGCCAACAACUGCUGACAGGGUGGGUUAGGCACAUAGGAUAGGUCUGGAGGCAGAUCAUUAAUGAGGUAUGGACUAAUAGCGGCAGCUACUCAAGCGCCAUUUGUAAGCUCAAAGUCUACCUCGGUCUGCUUCACGUCAGUCUGGUUCUAUCUAUCUAUUCAUAAUGUAACCAGUCACUGAAAAGCCCUGAUAGGGAGUGUGUUGUGAAAUAUCUGUAUCUGUAUCUGUACCUUUUCCUUCACCACAUUCUUCUUUCGUUAAUAUACUUUCACGUUUAAUCUACAUUAAAAAUACAUUGAUAUAUAAACUAUAGAGCAGAGAUAUUGACUUUCAUCUGAAUAUAUUAAUAAUUCAUGAAAUUAUUAAUAUAUUCAGAUGAAAGUCAAUAUCUCUGCUCUAUAGUUUAUAUAUCAAUGUAUUUUUAAUGUAGAUUAAACGUGAAAGUAUAUUAAAGAAAGAAGAAUGUGGUGAAGGAAAAGGUCAGCAGUUGUUGGCAUGUUUCUAUACACUAUACAGUUUAUCAUUAAUUAUAAGACCCGAUUAUUAUAAAUACAAUAGUGAAGCACUGUUUUAAAUACGCCUUAUUAAUUCUGCAUCAUGCCUAUUCAAAAAUAUCCUCAUAUGACAUAUAGAUGUCGGCUGAAAUUGUCAGUGGUGCUAGACAGGGGUGUAGGAAGCAACAAAGUUGGGGGCACUACAUCAUAAGGGCACCUUUUUCAUUAGAAAAGGGCAUUUUUCCCAUUGUUUUAUCUCGAAAAAAGGGCACUUUGGGGAAAAUUAUCUUAAAAAAGGGCACUUUGGAUCAAAUUUGGGGGGGGGCACAGUGGCCUCCCCCCCCUUCCUACCCCACUGGCGAUGGACAUCUUAGUUUCAGAGGGGGCUAAUUCUACAAAAUUUGGUGACAAAAUAACCCAAAACGUCCAACAUGUGUAAUGCCCCCCCCCCCAACACAUUCUAAAACGCUAUUUCAUGCAUUCUGAGAUUCAGUUCUGUGCAACAAACAUUUAUUUUCAAUGACUUUUUAGUACACAUUUAGCCAAUUUUAAAGUAUUUGUUGAGGGGGGGUUUCUUAGGUACUGUCUCCCCCCAUCUGGCUUUAGCCGCCUGUUGCACCACCCUUGGAAACAUUUCUUUUUAUAAAUCCAGGUUUUAGUAUUAUAUACAGGGUGUAUCAAAAAAAGUAAGACAAUUUUGAAAUUGCUCUCAAUUCCACAAUUCUGUUCAUGAAAUGUAAUUUUUUAUAUGUAUGGAUUGCUUGAGUUCUUAAAUUAUGGAAAAUAUAAAAAAUUUUGAAAAUAGUAAAUUUUGCUAUCCAGGGGGGUGGUCAACUUUUGCUCCCCUAAAAGUGGCUUGCGCAUGGAAAUGACAAACAGUAUUCUUUAUUUGAGUUCAUGUAUGAAAAGUUCGCUAUUUGUUGCAUUUAUGAUAAAAUUUCGGCAGGAUUUUACCAAGUACAAAUCCUCCGAAAAGCCUAUGAAAAUAUUACAUUUUUCUCUGUUGGUGCUGUUCUUGCUUCAUUAUGAAUUCAUUUUUACUCCCAUGAGAGUUCCAUGGAAUUUCCAUGGAAUUUGUUCUUUUGCGUUGUUUGUGCUGAAACGCAUUUUCUCAUAUAAUACCCCAUAGACUUUGAAAUGGCAAUGCCACAAUUUACCCUGCAGCAGAGUACAUGCAUGUGCAUGCAGUGUAGCACGCUUUUCAGUAGCAAAUUUUCGUUCUCUGUUUAGAUUUUAAUAUAAUUAUAUGAAAAUCUAAAAAAUAUAAUUUCAAAAUCGAAAGUCCAAAGUCCAUAGUUCAAAGUCCAGUGUUUACAAUAUGCCAAAGUAAAAUUGCAAUGAAAUAUUCUGCAUGUAUUAAUUAAAUUAAACAAAACAUUUAUUAAAUGCAUCAUACAGAGAGCCGGAUUGCAAAAACUUGCAAAUAAGGUCUUUUUUAGAGAAGAAUUACAGAAUAUUCAACCCAAAUGAAAAAUCAAAUCGGGCUUUGCCUUUGUAUCAGAAUUUGAACCGCAACUCACUCAAGUACAGUAAAAUUGUGAUGUGCUUAAUAAUACUGACCACUCUAAAUAACACUGACCAUUCCAAUUUCCAUUUGUUAUUUGGCAUGAAGAAUAUAUUUCAUAGCAUGUCACAUGAAAAAUUGUCAGCCGGUGAGAGGCGAAAGGCCCGUAAAAAUUACUGUAAAUCACUGUAUAAAGACUGAAAGUUCUCAAAAUAUGAAGUCUUCCCAAUUAUGAAGUCUACUAUAUGACGCAACGGAAGGGAUGCCACCAAUUUAGAUAUCUUCAGGCAGUCAUCAUCAUCAAAGUAAACAGUGCAGAAUCUGACCUCUCGAUGCGUGAUUGGUUGCGAUAAAACAUGGGCACACUCCUUUUCAUGACAUAUUAACACUUCAUUGAGACUGAAGCGAAGGAAAAUGCCAAAUCUACGACGCAGACAUGGAAUAAAAACAGUCGCUAUUUCCACAAUUUCACUAAUCAAUGCACACCAUUAAAAAUUAUGGACACGACUACAUGAGUGAAAUGAUUUAAAACUGAAUUCCAAAACAUAUACAGACUGUUUUUAUUUCUCGUGCGCGUUGUAGAUUUGCCGUAUCUUUUGCUGACACUCUUUGGACACCUCCACAUUACACGUCUAGAUCAUGUUUAAAAGCGUAUUAACACGGAUGCAGCAUAAUUAUUUUGAAAAAGAGUGAAGCUGUAUACUCCUCAUGAUAUAAUUAAUUCUGAUCUAACACACUCACAGCUAAAGCGAAGGGAAGAGCAAAACAAUGCCAAUGAACUGUUAUCAGAAAACUUUGAUUUGAAUAAAAUAUGAGAUUGUUUAUCAAACAAAAUAUGUAAAGUUUUAGCGCUAUAAUCCUAUAUAGCUUGAAUCUAUUCCCAAUCACAGGCAACAUGCUCCCGGUAAAGUGUUCAUCAAGUCCAUAUUUUUGUUAUGAUUCUCUGUUAAAUACCUAAAAGGAUUAUCUUUUGCUCUUUCUUGUUCACAUGUGUCCUGCCAAAUAUUAUAUAACAAAUUGUGUUCCUCAACUGUUAAUCUGUGCCGUCUUUUGUAGGUAGUCCGAUAGUCUUGAAAUGAUAACAUUGCAAUAGCGACAGCUGGGAACACGACAAGCUCGUCUUAUAUGCCGAUCACUUGAAGAUUUCGGUUUAAUAUUUCGUUUUUGUGAGUCUGGUGAAGGUAAUUUACCAUGCUCUUCUUUACUUAUCCCAAAGUGAACUCUUUUUAAAUGUCUAUCUAGUCGCUUAAAAAAUAAUCCAUGUUGACUACACAAGGGCACUCGACAAACUCCACCAGUCAUUCCGUGGCGAUGUAACUGCAUGUAAAUAAAAAUUAAAAACCCAAGCAGUCAAGCACAGACAACAUGCUCUAUCAUAUGCAAAAUGCUAUGGUAACGAUACGAUCACCGAAGCAAAAAAUUAAUGCGGCCGCACUUAAUAUUUAUAUAUGGAUAUUUCUGGACCAUAAAGCCCCCUUCUUUGGCACAUUUUUUUGACGUAAAAAAUUAGCAUUGGAUCUUUUGGUCUAAAUGUAUUUGCCGUAAUAAAUUUCUUGUUUGCUAUAAACCACGUAAUCAACUAUUAAUAUAACCAUUGGCAUUGCUAUAUAGGUUUGAGAAUUGUGACCUCAAUUAAACCAUAGCCUCGUUUGCCACAGCUCUCUGCCUCUGGACUGGCCUUGUGUGUUCUUUUGAAAUUUGAACAGUCACACUAGUCUAAAUAUAGUCUAUUACAUUUUCAGUGAACAUUGUAAGCUACUGCAAUUAAACUCAUUCUCCGGUAUAUAUUCUGCGAUUGUUUUAGGACGUUUGCAUGAGAUUGUUUUAACACCUACACUCUGUCUACUAUCAUAAUAUAUAGUUAUAUAUAAAUACUAAAUCCGAAUAACAUUUUGAUUUAUUAGCUGGGCUGUAAUAAGGCCACAGCUCUUAAAAUGCUAAUUUUCUGUGUUCGUCAAUGACGAGAAAUCGAGUUUCAUUGGACAGGCAAACGUAUCGCCUCAGGAUAACUUAGGAUAAGUUUCAAGAUUGUUUGCAUUCUGCGCAUUUUAAUAGUCGCAUUUUAUAGCUUCUUCUCGUAAGCCUCAAAGAUGUGCGUUUUCUUUUCAGAUUUGAAGGCAAGUACAUUAUAUAUAUCACAUGUCUACUUAAAUAUUAUUAUACAUUAUAUAUAUCACAUGUCUACGGUGCGCUGCACCGGAAACGCAGGGCCGUAGGUUCAAUUCCUACCAGAGGACCUUGUGCUGCAUUUUUCGCAGUCGUUCCUGGUUAGGUCUUAAAAUGUAUAUAUUCUCACUUGGAUUACAAACCCUAACAUUCUAAUAUUAAUUCCGCCAAGUGAAGUGCAGAAUCCAAAUCAUUGAAGUCCACCUUAUCACAACUGUCACAACCCGCUGUCACAAAUUAUUAAGCUAUUUAAUUGAUAUUAGUUAAUCUAUUAAUAAACGUUCGUGUGUGAACAUGCAAGGACCAUAUAUGGUAUUGUUAUGAUAGUAAAAAGGUUUUUGAUUGACAAGGACAAAGAGAGUCAUGUAAAGUAAAAUGGCAUAUUGUAAACACUGGACUGAACUUUGGACUAUGGACUAUGGACUUUCGAUUUUGAAAUUAUAUUAUUUUUAAGAUUUUCGUAUAAUUAUAUUAAUUAAAAUAUAAACAGAGAAUGAAAAUUUAUGCAUAUAAGAUUCAAGGUAAAAAAUACUAUCAGUUAUAUAGGUAUACCAGUGCAAUUUCAUAGAUAUAGCCCUGUGGGAUGACAGGAUCAUCUCAGUAAUAUUUUUUAUUUAAUAUUUAAAUUUUAUUAUACAAAUAGUUAUAGUAUGUAUAGUACAGUUUAUACGGCAGAACUUCUUUAUCGUAUAGAUAUAUAAUAGAUUUAUAGAAACAAUUGUCACAAACGGUAUCUGGCCAAAUACAAAAUAUUGAGAAACUAUUACGUAUAAGUAUAAACUACACGCGAUUAUUAUUGCGCCUUUGGCUUUGAACAAUAGUCAUAGUCACUAUCAUACUUUAUAAAAUACGAAUGUAUGAUACAUUAAUUGGUAGUACUGAUUACUUUAUGUCUAUAGUAUUACUUUAUGUAUAUAUUUAUGUCUAUAUUAUUGUCUAUAUGGCUCUUUUGCGUACGUUAUGCUGGGCAUUAAUGAUUACGAUUCCCGUCUGGUUCAUCACUUGCAAGUGGUAUAUAUAGUAUUACAGUAAACGUGGCAAAUAGUUGCUAAACUACCUGAAGCACAGACGUAGAUUUUUGCCUUCUCGCACACAACUGAGUAGGUCUUAAAAAGUGUGUAAAUUUCCGUUCGAAUAUUCCUGUCCAUCUACUAACACUUAUUAAUAAUAACUGAAGCACUUAGUCUUAGUGAUAAGGAAUUAAGGAUAGCUAACUAGAAUGUCUCAAAAAUAAGUAACAUUAACUGAAACGUUACCGUGUAACGGAGUAAACAAUCACACAAUACAGUACUAGUAUAAACUAUUAUGCAAAGAUGAACAGUCAAUAGAUACAUAAUACAAUACUCAAUAGGCGCAAUAAUAAUCACUUGUAUAGUUCAUAUUUUGUAUUUGCCGAGACACUUUUGUCACAAUUGUUUCUGACAAUUAAUCUAUUAUCUAUAUGAUAAAGAAGAAGUACUGCAGUAUAAACUGUACUAUGCAUACUAUAAAUACAAAUAUUAUAUAAAAUUUAAAUAUUAAAUCCCCAAAUAUUGGAGAAUCCUGCUAUCCUACAAGCUAUAUCUGUAUAUGAAAUUGCACUGCUGGUAUACCUAUAUAACUGAUACAGAGUAUUUUUUUCCUUGUAUAUUAUAUUAUAUCAUGCAUGUGCAUGCAGUGUAGCACGCUUUUCAGCAGCAAAUUUUCGUUCUCUGUUUAGAUUUUAAUAUAAUUAUACGAAAAUCUAAAAAAUAUAAUUUCAAAAUCGAAAGUCCAAAGUCCAUAGUUCAAAGUCCAGUGUUUACAAUAUGCCAAAGUAAAAUUGCGAUGAAAUAUACUGCAUGUAUUAAUUAAAUUAAACAAAAAAUUUAUUAAAUGCAUCAUACAGAGAGCCGGAUUGCAAAAACUUGCAAAUAAGGUCUUUUUUAGAGAAGAAUAACAGAAUUACAGAAUAUUCAACCCAAAUGACAAAUCAAAUCGGGCUUUGCCUUUGUAUCAGAAUUUGAACUGCAACUCACUUGAGUAAAGUAAAAUUGCGAUGUGCUUAAUAAUACUGACCACUCUAAAUAAUACUGACCAUUCCAAUUUCCAUUUGUUAUUUGGCAUGAAGAAUAUAUUUCAUAGUAUGUCACAUGAAAAAUUAUCAGCCGGUGAGACGCGAAAGGCCCGUAAAAUUUACUGUAAAUCACUGUAUAAAGACUGAAAGUUCUCAAAAUAGCCGGUGCAAGGUGAAAGUAUAAAGACUGAAAGUUCUCAAAAUAGCCGGUGCAAGGUGAAAAGCUGGUAGGAUUUAAAUCACUGUAGUAAAAGUUCUGUGUACGUACGUACAACGCACCAUAAUGCAUUGCGCUUGAGCUUGAUGAGCCACCAAACUGUGGGGCUCGCUCAGGCUCGCCCCAACUAGAGUGGGAGUAGAGCACACUUUUCAAAUACUGCAGCGUUGUGUCAUUCCGUUGUAAUAUAGGCCUACAAUACAAUAAUUUUUACACUAUUUACGUUUUGUGAUAAUCAUAAUAAAUCUGAUACAAUUUAUACACAUAGGCCUAUGUGUCAGUGCAAUAGACUAGUGUGUUUAAAUUUGCAUUUCAAUAAUAUUAGCACGUACAAAAUAUUUUAUUUAGAUUUUAGCAUUGUAUGGCGGUUUCAAAAUGUAUAGAUAGUAAGAGUUUGGUCCUGUUUGGAUGCAAUUCAACAAUGGGACAUGGCCAUUGCUAAAUUUGCAUACGCAGAUUUUAUUGCAUUCACAGAGUGUGUUGAAAAUGUGGUAUUAUUACUAACUGUAACUGUUUGAGUGCAAGGGUUAACAGUAAGCAACAUAUUGCAUGGGGUUAUACCAAAAUUUCUAAUAUUUAUUCAAACAUCUGUAAUAUAGACUAUUACUUUGUUUACAAAUUUUCAAUGAAGUGAAUCCACAACUUUCGUUGUAUUUUUAGGUGUUACAUGUAAAUAUGUCAAUCAUCAUCGUUAAUUAUUGCAAAAUGCAAAGUGGGCGGUAGAGCGUUUUGACAUGAAUUCAAGAUGGCGUUGGGCAAAUGUGCAUAAUUAUUUCCUCAAUUUAGCCACAUGUAACUGUUGUUUGUAAUUUCGUAUAAAAGCAGCAGGCCUUUUCCUCUUCCUAUUGGUUUUCCAGCUUUGUGGUUCAUGCAAUCUCUGCCAGGCACGGAACAAGCAUAUAAUAUAGACCAAAUGUGUGAUGACCAAGAACUACAUAUUUGCUGCUGUUUACUAUUACAAGAAAACUUUACAAAAAACUCCUUCUUUAUACAACCUCUGCUGGAGUAGAGAAAUUUUCCACAUUCUUUGCCACACUCUCUCUCAGGUUUCAGAAAAGGAAAGGAUAUCGACACCACACGCUUUAAUAGCACAGCUACGAAACAAUAUGGCGUUUGUGAGCUGUUGUUCAACUAUAGCACAACAAAGUGCCGAACGUUUUACUGCUAAUGGCAAUCAUGAUUCGGAAAUCAACGAACUUAAGCAUAAUCUAGAGAGAUUUGCUGAAAAUGUCACCAACAGACUGGAGGUACUCAAUGAGGAAGUAAUAAACAUUAAAGCGAACAAGGUUUAUAAUUCGAAUGAAGUUUUGGAGGACAUGGUUAAUGAUUUAAAGAAUGAAAAAGCCAAUCUAAUCAAGGAAAACACUGUAUUAAGAGAGACAAAUGAAACCCUAAGACAUCAUGGCAUGUCUAAUCUGAAAUCGAAGAUGCGAGAACUUAAAAGUGAACAGCAAAGUUUACAGUAA